UUUCUAGGGCAGUAUUUAAUAAAACAAACAAAACCCAUCCUAAUGUUAAUUGGCAAAAUUGUAAACCUCUAGAAGAAUUAUGGCUCUUGGGAACUGGUUUGGAAUUCCGGAUAUCUCUAACUAUUAACUUGAAGGCCCCAGUCUUGAACUCAUGGCCUUUCUGUUGAAGCUUCUGGGUUAUGGAGGAGAGAAGAAGCGCUUGGUGGAGAGUCCAUGGCUCCAUCGGGAUACUAAUCCUGAGAAGGACUGGGAAGUCCUGAAUGAACUCGGAGAUGGAGCAUUUGGAAAGGUUUAUAAGGCACAGCACAUGGUUUCCAGAGAACUAGCUGCGGCCAAAGUUCUGGAGGUAACAUCAGAGGAUGCCCUUGAAGAUCAUGUGGCUGAAAUCAAUAUCUUGGCGCAAUGCCAGCACCCGAAUAUUCUCAGUUUCCUUGGAGCAGUGUACUGGGAGCGAAAGCUGUGGAUCCUGGUGGAGUUCUGUGCCGGAGGAGCUCUCGACAGUAUCAUGCUGGAGCUGGGAUGUGGUCUCUCAGAGCCCCAGAUACGUGUGGUCUGCCUGCAGGCACUCCUCGCCCUCCAGUACUUGCACAGCCACAAGAUUAUCCACAGGGACUUGAAAGCCGGAAACAUCUUGCUCACACAGCCGGGAGACAUCCGACUGGCUGACUUUGGCGUCUCUGCUGUAAACACUGAAACAAUGCAGCGUCGGAGCUCAUUUAUUGGGACCCCAUAUUGGAUGGCUCCAGAGGUUGUGACCUGUGAGACAUGUAAGGAUGCCCCAUAUAAUUACCUAGCCGAUAUUUGGUCUCUGGGAGUCACUCUGAUUGAAUUGGCAGAGCGAGAGCCCCCAUAUCAUGACUUGAACCCUACUCGUGUUCUACUCAAAAUCAUUAAAUCCCAACCACCCUGUCUGAAACAUCAGAACGACUGGUCUCAGGACUUUAACAGUUUCCUAGAGAGGUGUCUGAAGAGGAACCCCCAGGAUAGACUUAAUGCCAGUCAGCUUCUUGAGCACCCAUUUGUGUCCAAGGUCACUGACAACCAGGCACUGAGGGAGCUAGUUGCCGAGAUAUUAGAGGAAGAAGAAGAUGCAAAGUUGAAGGAACCAGACCAAGUGAAAAACCUUCCUUUAGCUCUGGGAAAAGAGACAAGUGAAGAGAACAAGUCCUCUAAAGAACAGGCUUCCAUUCAACCAGAGAAUGGAUUUACAAUGGCAGAGAACUGUUGUCUACAAGAAGCUGUUCAAGGAAAGCUUGCAAGGUCCCCUCAUCAAGAUGCGCCAUUGACCACACGGAGGACACGCAGGACAACCAGUUUUCUGAAACAGAUGCGCAGAAGCUCUGCUCCUUUGUUUGCAAGGGAAACUAGGCCCUCUGUAAAGUGGAAGGUGGACCCUGAAUUUAAUGGAGAGAAGAACAAGGAACAACACAGAGACCUUAAAGAUAAAAAAUUCCAGGCCAUUCCUGCUGAGCCAAAACCUUUAGAAUUGUUUCUCCCUUCUGAAACCUCAAGUAAAAUGGAUAGGGAGAAGGAUAUCAGGGCAUAUGACCAUAAAGAUGUGGACACCUGGGAAGUUAGACAGCCAGAGAUAUUCUGUAAUGCUGAUCAACAUGAUAUUAAUGAUAUAGAAACAUGUGUCAGUCACCCUCGUGAGUUACAGACCAGCAAUUUUGACAAUCAUAUACCUGAAAACCAUAAGGAUUGGAGCGCAGCACGUGUUCUGUCUAAUCCAGUCACCCAAGUAAAGGUGAAAUUUAGGUCGAGAAGCAAUGAACAUUUAACCAUUUCCUCAAAGAGAUUACGUAGAAGGUGGACAGUGCCUUUCAACAAAAACAACACUGCGUGGCACAGUUCGAAAGGGAGAACGCUAGUUCAUUUAGUGGAAGAAGUCAAAUCUAACCACUCUACUAAAAAAUGUAAUAGACAAACUACCAUAAAGACUGAGCCUGCGGAGUCAAACUCUAUAGAUGAAACAGGUGGCAAUUAUGUAAAUUUGAGUGCAGAAAACACAAUUAUACAACAAUCUGAUUUUGACAAAAAAACCGAUGGAACCCAGCUCAGAUUAAAUCAGUCUUCUUGGACUGGAAGUCCCAAGAUUCCAGAUGAAGGGACUAUUCUAUAUGCGGGCAUGCGCUCUGUUCCCUCAUUCUCUAGGCAGACUAAAGCAUCUGUGAAAUGGGUAGUUAACGGGGAGCAGUGUGUCUCACAAUGUAAGAAAGGACCAACAGAGUUGAAGUCUAUAAAUCAUCAGGAGUGUCAUGAUGACCUAUCAAGUCCAAAAUUAGUUGGUAAUUAUAAGUUUACUUCCAAAGCACCAGAAGGCACCAGGGAGCAACAUAUUAUUGAGGUUAAAAGUGUGCAGGAAUCACCUUUAACAAACAAAAAUGAUAGGUCAUAUAAUAAAAUAACUCAACAUUUGCCCCAGUACAGCUUAUAUGAUUCCAUCACAAUGGAAUCCACCAAUGAUGUCUCCCAUGUUCUCAAAGCAUCAAGGUGGAAAAGUAGUGAAGGCCUGUAUACUUCUUCCAAUAAAUUAUGCCGGAGGUGGACAGUGCUUGGUACAAGACCCAAUAUAAUUAAAACAACACAAUCACAUAUUAAGGAGAAUCAGGAAGUUAUUUAUCAUGGCAUGGAUACAGGUUCAGCAGAUAAGAGGAGGGUAAUCGCUGGGGACAAUGCCAGAUCAUCACCUUGGAAUAAUGGUCACCAAACAGGACUUCACUUUGCACAAGUGAGAAGAGAAGACACGCCAAAGGAUGGAGCAGUGAAAACAGUGGAGAUGGGCUCCAAUUCAGACGUCAGUAGAGAGGUGGAAAAGAAAGCUGUAUGUGAAACAGAAAGGUUAGGAGUGGGCAGCAAGGAGAUGAAAGCCUCUUCAUGCAAACGCAAAGCUGAAGCAAGUGCCAGAGAUAUUGAGGAACGUACCGUCAGGCGCCAGGAGCUGCAGCAACUCAGACUGUUGCAGAGAGAGGAGAAAAAGUCACAAAGUCAGCUGGUCCAGAAGAUGCAGAAAGAGAGGGAGUUUAUGUUCCGUCAUAUUGAACAGGAAAUUAUAGGAAAGAAGCAACAUUAUGACCAUGAAAUUGAGACUCUGGAAAGGCAGAUGGUGCAAGCAAGGGAGUGGAGGGAGCGGGAACACACUAACCGCCUGCGGCAAGACGCACUGCGCCUCAAGGCUCAACAACAGAAAGAGAGAACCAAGAAGAAAGCAGAGUUAAAAGAGAAGUGGCAGGAGGAUAAAUACCUGUUAGAACAGCAGCAGGAGCUGAAUGAAGCUUUGCAGAAAGUUGUCAAUGAACACAAAAGAAAAACCAUGAAUAUUGAGAGGGAGCAUCUCUGCAAAAUCCAUAGUCUGAAGAGCGCUCGGGAAUCCGUGAUUUUGAGACUGGAAGAAAGGCACCUGCAGGAGAAAUACCAGCUUUUCCAACAGCAAGUGGCUGAACAACACGCUUUACAAAAGCAGCAGCUGAGCAAACGGCACGAGAAGGAAAUAGAGAGGCUCAAGCAUUACCAAAACCUCUUGUUGGAUGAGUUAAAGAGCCAACAAGUGCAGGAGAGAACACAAAGUCAGAAGGCGCAGCGCUGCGAGAGCAAGACUCGUCUGGCCGUGUUCAAAGAAGGAAUGAAGAGUCAGGGAAUGAGUACAGCCGAGCAGAAAGAAAGAACCAAACAGUUCCUGCUGCGCGAGGCGGCCCGUCAGAAAGAAGACUGCCAGCGGCAGCAGCAGAGACAGGAGCGGGAGCUACAGAGUCUCAAACAGCAGCUCGAGGAGACGUGUAAGGAGUUAAUGCAAAUACAGGAAGACAAGAUGAAGAUUUUGCAGGCACAAAAAGCAAAGAAAUUACAACAGUUGGAUGCAGAGCAUGACAUGGAGACCGAACAAUGGAGAGAACGCACGCGGCUGAGUAAAGAGAACCUAGAAUCAGAGCUUGCCUCGAGACAGCAGCAGAUCUCAGAAAGCAGAAGACCGCCGUGUAAAGACCAGGAGAGACGCACCUCGCGCUUUUUCUUUUCGUAACACAUAAACCUGAAGCGCGUUUCACGCAGAUAAUGUGAUUAUGAAUUAAACGUUC